GUCUCCAUUGGCUCUCCCUCCUCCUGCGCUCAGCCUUUUCACUCCGGACCAGCCUUCACGCAGCAGAGUGCGUGAGUGUGAGUGCAUCUGUAACCCACGCUGUCUGCCUUAAACCGGCCUCCCUGCUUCCCACGCUGCCCUUUGAAGAGAAAAGGAUGGAGAAAAAGAGCGAGAUCAACGGGCACGCCAUGCCCAGCUCGGCCUCCACGGACCGGAUCCUGGAGAAGAGCGCGCAGAAGAGCUUCGGGGAGAGGCUGGUGGAGUUUCUGAGGAAGAACCUGCUGGUCAUCCUCACGGUGUCCGGGGUGCUGGUGGGCGUCGGGCUCGGGAUGAUGGUCCGCAGCAUGAACCUGACCAAGGCGCAGAUGACCUACUUCGCCUUCCCCGGAGAGAUGCUCCUCCGGAUGCUGAAGAUGAUUAUCCUGCCCCUGGUGGUCUGCAGCCUCAUAUCCGGCGCCGCCAGCCUGGACACGCGCUCCCUGGGCAAGCUGGGGGGCAUCGCGGUCGCCUACUUCCUGGUGACCACGCUGAUCGCCUCCGGGAUCGGGGUGGCCCUGGCCUUCAUCAUCAAACCCGGCGUGGGCGCGGGAGCCCUGAACACCAACAGCCUGGGACUGGAGAGCGUCACCAGCAACAAGGAGACCGCGGACUCGUUUCUGGAUCUGGCCAGGAAUUUAUUCCCAGCGAACUUGGUGGCUGCUGCUUUCCGUUCAUAUGCUACUGACUACAAGAUGGUUGCUGCAGGGAACGACACCAAUGGGACCACCCUCUAUCAAAAGGUGCCUAUUGGUACAGAAACAGAUGGCAUGAAUAUCCUGGGUCUGGUGUUAUUUGCCAUGGUAUUUGGCGUGGCGCUGAAGAAGCUGGGAGAGGAGGGGGAGGAGCUAAUUCGUUUCUUCAACGCAUUCAACGAGGCCACCAUGGUGCUUGUGUCUUGGAUCAUGUGGUAUAUCCCCUUUGGCAUCAUGUUCCUGGUGGGCAGUAAGAUUGUUGAAAUGGAAGAUGUGGUUCUUCUGGUCACCAGUCUGGGAAAAUACAUAUUUGCUUCAAUCCUGGGCCACAUUAUCCACGGAGGCAUCGUCCUACCCCUCAUCUACUUCGGCUUCACACGCAAGAACCCCUACAGUUUCCUGUCAGGCCUCAUCACGCCCUUCACCACUGCCUUUGCCACCUGCUCCAGUUCAGCAACUCUUCCCUCUAUGAUAAAAUGUGUUGAGGAGAACAAUGGCGUGGACAAACGCAUUAGCCGCUUCAUCCUUCCUAUCGGGGCCACUGUUAACAUGGACGGGGCGGCCAUAUUCCAGUGCAUCGCCGCUGUCUUCAUCGCUCAGCUCAACAACGCUGAGCUGAACGCUGGACAGAUCUUCACCAUCCUGGUGACAGCCACAGCCUCAAGUGUUGGUGCAGCAGGCAUCCCGGCUGGCGGCAUCAUAACCAUCGCCAUUAUCCUGGAGGCCAUCGGCCUGCCGACCAACGACCUGUCCCUCAUGCUGGCUGUAGACUGGAUUGUGGAUCGUACCACCACGGUGGUGAACGUGGAGGGCGAUGCUCUGGGCGCUGGAAUCCUCCACCACAUCAACCAGCAGGAGAUGAAGAAGCAGCAGGAGCAGCAGCAGGACGGGGAGCUGGCAGAAAUCCGGGUAGAGGCGGUGGCCAAUGUCCAGGCUGAGGAGGAGACCUCGCCGCUCGUCACGCACCAAACCAAAGCCUUAGGGUCUACGCCAGAAGCCAUUGAGUCUGUCCUGUGAACUCAGCGAGACUUCCUUUCUUGCCCCCUGACCUUUUGACACUUCUGACGUUGCUGCUGAUGCACCAUUCAAAAAACAAGGUCACUGACGGUUACACUUGUGAGGAAAGUGCCAUCGUAACAGUCGGUCUAGAGCAUCGACAGUCUCCAGUGUGCCUGUUGUGCUUUUCAAAUUCGGUCACAUAACUGGGUUUAUUUUAAUGCAGAUUAGAAUAUGAUGAAUCUGAGAAUUGUUAAGCUUUUUUUUUGCACUUGAGGCGAGAUUUUUUAAAUCUUUUUUUAAUUUUGAUCAAAGCAUUUUGCGAUAAACAAAAUGUAAAGUGAAAAAUGUCCCUCAAACAUUCCCAUAAAUGUCGUAGUUCUGUUUGUCUCGUACUGUAUGAGAUGCUCGCGGCCGGUUUGUUUUUUGUCUUCAGACAGCAAACAGUGACCAACAUUAAAUGUAGAACACUAACAAUUUGCCAAAUGCUGACCAGUCAAAAAUGUCAAACAAAUGCUUCUGUCAUAAUUUAAUUACACAUUCGUCACGCCUGUUCGGUCACCUCAACUCAGCCGGUGGAAACGUAUCUAUCUGCAUUUGUUUGUGCAGCUCAAACAGCAAAUUCUGUCUUUGGAAAAGGGAUCUGUCUGGUCCCAGGUUUAAAACUGUCGUCAUAACUCAGAUAUGUUUACAAGAUGUGCCCAGACUUUUUGUUUGCUGAACGACAGCAGAUAAUGUCAAACAUUAACCUUCGAAUGGCAGGUUAAUAAUUUGGCCUAUUUUUUAGGUGAAGCACUGUUUAACUAGUGACACACAGCAUGGUAAAGCACGGCAUGGUUAAACGUUGGACCAUGUGAAAUUGUGUGUGUUGAUUGCCAUUAUGGUCUCAUUGAGAGUUAUAUCCCCCAACUAAUCCUUUUUAUCCCUGAGUAAACAGAACCAUGGGGUUAUUUACAUAACCAUGGUUCUCUGAAUCUCUCUCACCAUGGAGGAAGACCUCAUAAAAAGCCAGCUGAUAAUGUUUCCCAAGAAAGUUCCUCUAAUUUGUUUGAAAGCUAACAGCUAAAGCAAUCUUAACAUGCAGCUAUCAGUUAGCUUAGCUAUUAAUAAUUAAUGAUAUUUCUUCUUAGAUAAAAUUGCCUCUCUGACCUGAUACUCGAAUUAACUACUAAAUUGCUCCUGCACACCCUAGUUUUGUUGCUAGUUGCAUCAGUCCUUUGUAAAUUAGCAGUAAAUUGCGUAUUUCUUUCCUAUUUGUUACAAAACACUUUCAAACAAUACACAAGUGCUACGACUUCUUCAUAAAAGUAGCAGGUAGCUAAUCUGCUAAACACUUUUGAGAAAUAUGUUAGAAUCUGAAAUGUAGUUUUUUGGGGGUUUUGAUUUCUAGCUAACAUCUAAAGCAAUGCUAACGUGCAGCUAUCAGUUAGCUAUUAUUGAUGCUAUUAUUUCUUAGAUAACGUGGCUGACCUGAUACUCGAGUUAGCUGGCAAAGUAUUAUAGAUGGAUUUAUUUAUGGUGAAAAGGUCAACUUCUAGUCUAUAACAGAUCACAAAUGAACAUCCUGUUGAGACGUGACUGCUGUUUAAGUGACGUACAUUUAAACAGAUAUUGUUGCCCAAAACCUGAAGGCGUCCUUUUUUUAAAGGGUUGGUGUACUUUGCAGGGAACAGAUAUUCGUUUUGAAAUGAGAAAAGUAAAAUCCGGAACAAGCUGUUUUCUGACUACCAUUUAUAAAUAUAGGGAACACAACGGGUCAGCUUAACUUUUUUUUGUUCAAAACAAAAAACAGGUUUUUUUUUGUUUUCUGAUUUAAAAACUGUAAAACGUCUUGUUUCCCUAUUUUGGAUUUCUCGUUUCAAAACCAAAAUCUGUUCUCUGCAAAGUACACCGACCUUAAAGCUGCAGUAGGUGACCUCAUUUCCAGGUUGUCA